GCGUCAUUGUGUAGGUAAAUCGAAAAAUGCAUUUGUUUCUCUUUGUUUUCAGUGGCACUCCGUUCGUUCUUUUUUUCGGGCUAAUUUACACACCAUCAGAUCGACGGAAAUUCAAUUCCGAAUCAUUACCAAUAUUAACAGAUUUUGUUCAGAUAAGCGCGGACAUACAGUGAAUUGCUGUUUCAGCACUUUCUUGUCGUUCUUCUCUCAAUGGAGAAUCCUAUUUAACAUGAAAUCUAAAUGCAAUUUUGCAAAAUAAACAAAUUGAAUGUUAGUUUUAGUUCGUUGCAAAGAAGAGGAGAGGGACAAGAAAAAAAGGCGGUGAAAUUAAUAUUAACAUUUUAGAAAGUUGUUGACUGAAUGAAGAGAGAAAAAAUAAAUAAAUAUUGUCGUUAAUAAUGAAACAAAAUUUUGAUAAUUGUUCAUUAAAUAAGGACUCCCAAGGCCAAAUCGAAAUGACAGAUGCAGAAAUAGCUGAAUUGGAGGCAGCGGCACGGAUUUUUAUGGAUCCAACAUGUAACAUUCACCCGGAACAGCGUCAAAAUGCCGAAAAGAUUAUUUUAAAUUUUCGGAAAACCAAAACACCAUACAUUGUUUGCCAGCAAAUUCUCGAAAAAUCCACGGUAGAUUUGUUACUGUUUGAGGCAGCUGAUGUGAUUAAACGUGCACUGAUUAUCGAGUGGGAUGGUCUGCAGGAGCAGGAUCGUCUCGGUUUGCGACAAUAUUUAUUGAAUUAUGUGCUGCAACGUCAUUUGCAACCAUUUAUACGGGAGAAAAUCCUUCAAGUGAUUGCCAUUAUGAUUAAGCGAAACAGUGUUACCGAUGCUGGCCUUGAGACGGGCAAUUUGCUCAAAGAAAUGGAAAAAAUGUUGGCCGUCGGUGAAAUUGAGCAAAAAUUAUUGGUGUGUCGCAUCAUUACGGCCAUUCUGCAGGAAUAUCUGAUCACCGUGAAAUCGGACGAUUCGGGCCUGACGUUUAGCGAACAUUUUAAGGCGAAAAAAGCGUUUGAAGUACGAUAUAUGGUGACAAUUUUUAAAAUGGCUUUGGCCGCCAUCGAAGAACUCAUGAAUGUCAUUGACAUGGAAAAUGCUGGCCACGUACAUUUACUACUGGAACUGUUGAACAUUGAAGAACAGAUUUUAAUGUGGGGCUAUGUAUCACCGUUACUGCCCAAACGGCUCAUUGGCCUCUUUGAAAGUCUCACGAAAACUGAUCAAACACCAUCACUGCGAUUGGGUGUGCAGUGGGAAACAGUUAUUCUCAAUCCAAAAGUUAUUGACUUAUUUUUCGGUGUCUAUUGGAAAGUGCGUGAAAUUCCCGAACUUCAGCGCAAAAAUUUGACCUGUAUCGUUCAAUUGUCCACGUUGAAUGGUGCCGUUUUUAGAGAUUCACAAUCUAAACUUGACUAUAUCACCAAUUAUCUGUCCAAGUUCCUUCAAUUCCUAUUUAGCGUUCAAAUCAAAGACGCUGAAGCACUCGGUUUUGCGACGAUAUUCCGUAAGGCAUUGCUUUAUCACCCGCCAAACAAAAAUCUACCCCCAAAUAUAGUUAGCUCGAUGCUUCAGCAUAUGUUCAAUUUGACUGGCAACUUUUGUGAAGCGAGCAUACGCGAAGAAAAUAAUGGAUCGGAGGAUUCAACAUACAACGAGGCAUUGGAAAAGAUUCUCGAGGCAUGGUUGCUCAUUUUGCAAGGAAAAGAGCAUUUCCCGCGAGAAGUGAUUCUCGAGUAUUCGCUGCAAAUCUUCAACAAAUACGUGCAGUGUCAUUUAAGUGCACCGGAGGGUUUGCGAACGAGUACCGAUUCAUCGUUCGAUGACGAUGAAGAAAUCGAUCGGGACAAGUACAAAGAACAGCUAAUUAUCAUCGGGAAUUUGGCACGAGAGAGUCCCGGUCAUUCGCUCACCAUUCUCAGUAAAUUGCUGGAGGAGAAAACGCGACAGCUUCAAGCUCAAUUCCAAGCAAUGUACACGAAUGGUAAUCAAUUGAAUAUGUCCAUUACAAAGGCAAUGGAAAUCCUAUUCGAAGAUAUUCAUUGGCUGUUAUUGAUCUGUGGCCAUGUGGUUGCGAUGGAAAGUUCGGGUGAACAACCGAUGAUUCCGUCCGAAAUUAUGCAGUAUAGCAUUGAGCAAUUGGCAAAUGGUACCAUGGAUAUAACCACCACAUUGAAGGUGUUGGCCGCUCCAAAUCAAUGCAUUACACAAACUCCGAAUGCGGAAAAUGUAUGCGAUCCGCUGAUUCGAUUAAUAACGGCUGUGUUCCGGUUGUGUGACAUUGAAAACAAUGCCAUCGAAUAUAAAAUGAAAGAUUUCCUCAGUCCCGAGGUCAGCAGCGAUAUUAUGUGGUUUUUGAAUCAAUGGUCCGAAGCGUAUCUCUUCAUGCUAGCCGAGUAUUAUCCGACGAAUCUCAGCGAAACACUUCAAACGGCAUUCGGGUUAGACACACCCGGCGGCAAUUGGACACUCAAUUUUAUUCUCAACAAAAUUUGUGUCAACGUUCAAAACUUUGGCACUGAAGCUACCAUUGUCAAAGAUUCCGUUGGUUUGUUUGUAUCGCUGGUCAAACGGAAGCACAAAUGUCCAGCCGUUUUUAAUUCGGAACCAUUUAAACAAAUCGUUCAGCUGAAAAAUCUUCCAAUGCAAAAUGCCGAAUUGAUCAAAGGACUUGUUAUGACCGCUGCAUGUGUCACCGAAAAGGAAAUGCAAAAACAAUAUUUGGGUGAAAUUCUAGUGCCAAUCACAGAGAAUUUCAACAAACUUGAAUGGCAACAGGCAAUGGACAGCAAUCAUCAAAUGGGCAAAACGCAAAUUUCCAUGAAUGUGGUCGCCCUACUCGAGAAUAUACGGGCGGCAAACAAUGGUGCGAGUGCAUCAUGUGCACAAAUCGUUUACGGAAUCUUCGAACCGAUUCUAUACCAUUUGGCUGAACUGUUAGAUCUCUUCCAUAACUAUAAUUAUGUUGUUGUUGAAAUAUUCCAAGUCUUGUACAGUGUCGUUCAGAAUCUAUCGUUUUUACAAUCGCACAAGGUGUACGAAAUUUGUAUGGCAUGCAUACGGAACUACGUGAAGCACAACAAUCGUAUCACAUCGGAAGUGACUGCCGAAGAUGAAAGCAUGGAAGAUUUAAUGUUGCUGUUGAAUUUGCUCAAUGCAUUGCUCUCGAAAAACUACUUUGACGUGGAAAAUGAAGACGAAGAAGAACAAACGCUCAGCAAAGAGAAAGCAACCGAAGUGUGUGUCCUUGGAUUGCAAUACAUAAUGCCAUUAAUUACGCUUGAUAUGCUCAAACAUCCGACACUGUGCUGUAAAUACUACAAAACGAUCACAUUCUUCGUUGAAACGAAAUCACAAAAAGUAUGCACGCUACAACCCGAACUACUGAACUCAAUGCUACGCUCGGUUGAGUUGGGUUUGCGUUCGUUUGGCUUGGAAGUGCAAUCGGUUUGUUUUGAAUUUUUGCACAUAAUUGCCGAUACCGUCCGUUUUGAUCAAAAUUCACCACAGUCAUACCUGUACAGUACGCUGAUGCCAUUCAUGCGAAUGGUAUUGGAAAUGAUUAUCAACCAAGAGGUGGGCACCGACAACAAAACCGAAUGUGCAAACGCUCUGUUUGCAUUGAUCUUCUGCUAUCACGAUCAUUAUGGAGCCAUUGUACAAAAUCUCCUGCAAUCGAUACCAGACCACAGGAAUGCUGAACGUUUGUCAAAAGAAUUGGCCACAUUAACGGCCAACUGGGAUUUGACGCGCAGCAUCGAUCGCAUGGUACAAAGUCAAUUUGCCGAUCGAUACGAAAAAUUCAUUGUAAAUAUCUCGUUUAUGUACAACUAAUCAAUAGUGUUGCAUCCAGUUCUCUCACACUUCUUCAAAAACUCGACUUUUUUGACUUAAUGUUCGCGAAUCGAAAACACAUUUGUGACCACACACACACACACACAUACACACGUUCGUGUUUCGUUUUAUUUUCUACAUAAAAAUUAUGUAUACUGUCAUUUUAUUUUCUUCUCUUCGUAUUGCUAUAACAAAUUUUAAGCUUAUUAUCCUAUGAAUAGUACAAACAUAAAAAAACGAUUGAGAACCAUAUAUGUAAAUGAAAAAAAAAACAAACAAAAAAAACCUAUAUAAACGCGAGAGACAAACAAACAUUUUGUAUUCGAAAAGUAUUGAGCAUUCAACCAAAUAUAUAUUCAAAACGCUAAACAAAAA